AAGAAAAUAUCAUUCACUGAGGUUCCGUUUUUUCUUUGAAAAAUUUAAUUUUCCAGUCUGGUUUUUCGUUCCUUUGGACAUAUUUUUUUUCUUUCUUUUCUUCCCUAGUCUUGCCCCAAAAACAACGAAGAAGAAGAAGAAGAAGAAGAAGAAGAAGAAGAAAUGAGUGGGCACGAUUCUAAGUACUUCUCCACUACAAAGAAAGGAGAAAUCCCUGAACUUAAAGAUGAACUUAAUUCUCAGUAUAAGGAUAAGAAAAAGGAUGCAGUAAAGAAGGUUAUUGCUGCAAUGACCGUUGGGAAGGAUGUUUCCUCGCUGUUCACAGAUGUGGUGAACUGCAUGCAAACGGAGAAUUUGGAGCUGAAGAAGCUUGUUUAUUUGUAUCUUAUUAAUUAUGCAAAAAGCCAGCCAGAUCUUGCAAUUCUUGCUGUAAAUACAUUCGUGAAGGAUUCACAAGAUCCAAAUCCUUUGAUCCGGGCAUUAGCUGUACGAACAAUGGGAUGCAUCCGUGUUGAUAAAAUUACAGAAUAUCUCUGCGAUCCUCUUCAGAGAUGUCUCAAGGAUGAUGAUCCCUAUGUUCGCAAGACAGCAUCUAUUUGUGUUGCUAAAUUAUAUGAUAUUAAUGCGGAGCUAGUGGAAGAUAGAGGAUUCUUGGAUACUCUGAAGGAUUUGAUAUCUGAUAACAAUCCGAUGGUUGUAGCAAAUGCUGUUGCAGCUCUUGCAGAAAUUCAGGAGAAUAGUAGUAAACCAAUCUUUGAAAUCACUAGUCAUACACUAUCCAAGCUCUUGACUGCUCUGAAUGAAUGUACUGAAUGGGGUCAAGUUUUCAUUCUGGAUGCCCUUUCCAAAUACAAGGCAGCUGAUGCUCGUGAAGCUGAAAACAUAGUUGAACGAGUUACUCCACGACUGCAGCAUGCGAACUGUGCUGUAGUGCUAUCAGCUGUUAAGAUGAUCCUUCAACAAAUGGAACUCAUCACCAGUACCGAUGUUGUUCGAAAUCUUUGCAAGAAAAUGGCCCCUCCUCUUGUAACUCUUCUUUCUGCUGAACCUGAGAUACAAUUUGUUGCAUUGCGUAACAUUAACCUUAUAGUCCAAAGGCGACCCACAAUCCUUGCUCACGAAAUCAAGGUUUUCUUCUGCAAAUACAACGAUCCAAUUUAUGUGAAGAUGGAAAAAUUAGAGAUCAUGAUUAAGCUUGCAUCCGACCGGAAUAUAGAUCAGGUCCUGUUAGAAUUCAAGGAAUAUGCCACCGAAGUUGACGUGGAUUUUGUCAGAAAAGCUGUCCGUGCUAUUGGUCGCUGUGCCAUCAAGUUAGAAAGAGCAGCUGAACGGUGUAUAAGUGUUUUGCUUGAGCUUAUAAAGAUUAAAGUAAACUAUGUCGUCCAGGAGGCUAUUAUUGUCAUCAAGGAUAUCUUUAGGCGAUAUCCUAACACUUACGAAUCCAUCAUUGCAACACUUUGUGAGAGCUUAGACACCUUAGACGAGCCGGAAGCAAAGGCAUCCAUGAUUUGGAUAAUUGGUGAAUAUGCAGAACGAAUUGACAAUGCUGAUGAGCUCCUUGAAAGCUUCUUGGAGAGUUUCCCGGAAGAGCCAGCUUUGGUUCAGUUGCAAUUGCUUACAGCCACUGUUAAGUUGUUUCUGAAGAAGCCAACAGAAGGCCCACAACAAAUGAUUCAGGUAGUCCUGAAUAAUGCUACUGUGGAGACGGACAAUCCAGAUCUGCGUGAUCGGGCCUACAUUUAUUGGCGUCUUCUUUCAACAGAUCCUGAGGCAGCGAAAGAUGUGGUCUUAGCUGAGAAACCUGUGAUAAGCGAUGAUUCUAACCAACUUGAUUCUUCACUUCUUGAUGAACUUCUUGCAAACAUUGCAACUCUUUCGUCUGUCUAUCAUAAGCCCCCAGAAGCCUUUGUAACCCGUGUUAAAGCUACUGCUCAAAGACCAGAUGAUGAUGAGUAUCCUGAUGGUGCAGAGACAGGGUUUUCUGAAUCAUCUGUCAACGAAGGCAUUGCCUCACCUUCCGCUAGUUCAAGUAGUGGUUCAUAUGCUGCUACAAGGCAAGCAGCACCAGCCCCGGCACCAGCACCUGCCCCGGUGCCUGAUUUACUUGGUGACCUGAUGGGUCUGGAUAAUGCUCUUGUCCCUGCUGACCAGCCGACAUCACCUCGUGGGCCGCCAUUACCUGUUGUGCUUCCAGCAGCAACUGGUCAAGGCUUACAAAUCAGUGCCCAAGUUACAAGGCAAGAUGGACAAGUAUUUUACAACAUGUCUUUUGAGAACAAUACACAAGUUCCUCUAGAUGGAUUCAUGAUUCAAUUCAACAAAAACACAUUUGGUCUUGCAGCUGCCGGUCAAUUACAGGUUCCCCAACUACAACCUGGCACAACCGCGUCGGUCCUUCUGCCUAUGGUUUUACUCCAGAAUCUCUCCCCUGGCCCCCCUACCUCGCUGUUGCAGGUUGCAGUGAAAAACAAUCAGCAGCCUGUAUGGUACUUCAAUGACAAAGUUUCCUUGUUAAUGUUGUUCUCAGAAGAUGGUAGAAUGGAGCGUGCAAACUUUCUCGAGACAUGGAAGUCCCUUCCUGAUUCGAAUGAGGUUACAAAAGACCUUCCAGUCAUUGUGGUGAACAGUGUGGAGGCGACUCUUGACAAAUUGGCUGCGUCCAAUAUGUUUUUCAUUGCAAAGAGAAGGCAUGCAAACCAGGAAGUGUUGUAUCUGUCUGCCAAGAUUCCACGAGGGAUCCCGUUGCUCAUUGAACUUACAGCUGUCAUUGGGAUCCCUGGCGUUAAAUGUGCAAUUAAGACACCAAGCCCUGAAAUGGCCCCUCUCUUCUUUGAAGCUUUGGAAAUUCUUCUCAAGGGUUGAUUCUUGUAGUCUGUACUUUUGUAAGUUUGUAAAAUACAUGAUGGGGAUUCUCAAGAUUUUGGUUCUUUCAGGUCUCUUUCAUAGUUUUCUGUAUGCAUCUCCUCAUUCGCUUUUUGGUGUUGGGAUUAACAGAGUUUCUGCAAUGUUCUGUGUGCCAAUUCUUGCUAUGAUAGGUUUCGUGAUGUUGCUUAUAAAAUUUUACUUUGCAAAGCCUAGUUGAAACUACUGUUCUAUUUUUGUCA